AUGACGCACAUGACAUGCGGUGAAACGGAGGAGACACUCGAACACGUGGUAUUCUAUUGUCCAAGAUUUGAAGAGGAACGUGUCAACAUAUUCGCCGCUUGCGGACCAAACACAACUGCCGACAACAUGCUGCAGAAGAUGUGUGAUGACACAUCUACGGGCGAUGGGCUCGUCCGGAUAAUCGCUGCUCUGCAAAAUUCAUCCAAAAGUAUAAAUUCGAUGAGCUGCCUCAAUUCGAACAGUUCCCAGUUGGCAGUCAUGGGUGUUUUAAAAUUUUUACUUUUACUGGGGUGUGUUUCCGUAGUUUUUGCUCGACGAAAUCAUCCGAUACGGCGGAAUGAAUACAGUUUGCCAGAUCGGUUAACCUUCGACGAUAGAGAAGAUGUGGAAGAAUUCAAAGAAGAUUUAGUGCAAAGGAACCCACUCGAGGCUCCCUAUCGACUACCGGAGGAUGUUGUGCCCUACCAUUAUUGGGUGUCCAUCCAAACCAGAGUUCAUCAACGGGGAAAUCGACAGUUUUCGGGAAAAGUUGAUCUGUACUUCAACGUGUUGAAUGAAACAAAUACCGUGAUUGUGCACAACCGAGGACUAACCUUGUACAAGGUGGAACUGUAUGAAAUUCCUAUUGAUGGAACUAAAGAUGAUGCUACCAUUACCUACCCAGAAUACUAUUUAGAUAGAGACAAGGAAUUUGUCGUUGUUUCCUCGAAUGAUACCUUAACCUUGGAUCAUUACUACAUACUUUGUAUCGAAUAUGCGGGAACCAUGCGAACGGAUGAAGAUGGUUUCUAUGUUUCCACGUAUUUCGAUGACGAUAACACUAGAAGAUACCUCGGGGUAACACAAUUCCAGCCCAUUAGUGCUCGGUCAGCUUUUCCUUGUUUCGAUGAACCAGCUCUGAAAGUGACAAUCGAUCUGGAAAUUAUCCAUGGAGCUGAAUACAGUGCCGUGUCCAACAUGCCGGUUGAGGAAACUGUUGACUACGAGGAGGAACCAGGAUUUUCGGUGACCCGAUUCGAAACUACACCACCUAUUUCAUCCUACCUGCUAGCUUUCCUGGUGUCGGACUUCGAGUAUCUGGAGGAGGAAAAUCAACGCGUGUUCGCAAGACCGAAUGCAGUGCAGCACGCACAGUUUGCACUGACAACUGGAUUGGCCACCAUCGAAGCCUUGGAUGAGUACUACGGCGUUCAGUACUCCCAGUAUAUGCCGAAACUUGACCAGUCAGCUAUUCCGGACUUUUCGGCUGGCGCCAUGGAAAAUUGGGGUCUAUGUACUUACAGAGAAGUAUACCUCCUCGACGAUCCUUCAGUAACCUCCUAUCGUUACCGUACCUGGAUCGCCACCAUCAUUGCCCACGAGUACGCUCAUCAAUGGUUCGGCAACUUGGUCACCAACGAGUGGUGGAGCUACCUCUGGUUGAACGAAGGCUUCGCGACACUGUACGAGUACUACGGUGCCAACUUGGCCGCACCCCGAAUGGAAUACUGGGAGUUGUUCAAUUUGGAACAGGUUCAGUGGGCGUUGUAUGCCGAUUCCCGAAUCAGCACCAGACCGAUGUCGUACAGCAGAGGAGCACGAGCUCCCGAAAUCGACAGUCUCUUUGACAACGUUGCCUACUCCAAGGGAGGAUCGAUUUUAAACAUGUUCCGAGGAGUUUUGGGAGAUGAAGCCUGGGCAGAUACGAUCCGAACUUAUUUGAUGGAGAACGAACUGCAGCCAGUGAACCCAGGUGACCUGGUAGCCGCAAUGGAAAGUGCUACGGAAGGUUGGGGAUUGUUGCCGGAUGGAGUAUCGAUGGGUGACUUCGUGAGUAGCUGGGUCGACCAAGCCGGCUAUCCGGUGCUGGAGGUUCGUCGUAAUUACGCUCGUGGAGAAAUUAUUUUGUCUCAGGAUCGAUUCUACAAUGACAGAAUUUUGUCCAACGAUCAGAGUCUAUGGAUUCUUCCAUACAAUUUAGUGAACCAAUCGUUUGCAGACUUCAACGAUUUGACCUGGGAAUGGUUGACGGAUGAGGCUGUUAGGUUGACUACUAAUGUACAGGCAGAUCGAUGGAUCAUUGCCAACAAACGUCAAGUAGGAUUCUACCGGGUUAACUACGAUGUUCAGAACUGGUAUUUGAUCAUCAGUGCAUUGGUUAAUAACUGGGCUAGCGUCCACAGACUGAAUAGAGCCCAAUUGCUAGAUGAUGCCUUUCAUUUGGCACAAGCGAAUCGUCUUGAUUUGGAAGUGUUGCUUGAUCUGAUGGUAUAUCUUAGAAACGAAAUGGAAUACCCGCCAUGGACGGCAGCUAGUCCGAUUUUCAGUUUUAUGUACAAUAGGCUUCGGGGUUCUGCUAGUGAAGGAAACUUCAAUCGAUUUGUGGACAGUUUGACCGAAAACGUUUACAAUACUCUGUCCAUUGACACAGUUGGGGCGGACGAAACGAACUUGCACAAAUAUUUGAAACAAACUAUCUCGACUUGGGCAUGUACAGUUCGCAACGAAAACUGUUUGGAUCGUACCAGGGCACUUUUGGAGGACACGAUCCAACAAGGUGAAUCAGUCCACCCCGACAUUGCAGCCGUCACCUAUUGUUUCGGGUUGAAGAACUCUUCCGUUAACGCAUUCAUUGGUGUGUUUGAAAAAAUGAAAGCCUCAACCAAUUUGCAAGAACGAAACAUGCUGCUCGAUUCUUUGGGUUGCACAGAGGUUUCAGAGUUCGCCACUGCUUAUCUGUAUACUGCCAUUGGCACUAGUGCCGAUUUCAACUACAACCUUGGAGAGCGUAGACGCGUUUUGAACGCAGUCGCAGCUGGUAGCCGUGUUGGUGUAGAUGCGUUGAUCGAUUUCUUGAUUUCUGUCUAUGAUUACGUCAUUGCAUACCUUGGACGACCAACAUUCUACAACCAGAUUUUGAACAUUGCAUCCAGAACAAACAACGAAGAGGAACUAGAACGACUUGAAUACCUCUUGGAAACACUGAACAGUCAAAUUCCUGCCGAUAUUGCUCAAUCGGCACGACGGGCUGCAGCGGCAAAUCUGGCAUGGCAUUCGUCCCGGGAUGGACUCACGAUAGCGAGCUUUUUGGAGUACUAUCACCCAGAAGUUGAAACAACCACCAUGACUUCCACAACUGCGGGAGCUUAA